AUGGCUACAUCUUUACAGUCUCACGAACCUUCGCAGUCCCAAGAACACUCCGAACAACAAUUACAGCAACUCCAAGAACAAAAAUCCACAGACUCCCCACCAAUCUCCACCUCAUCAUCACCAAAGACCGUCUCCCAUCGCCGCUCCGCCUCUCCCCUCUCAAUCGACCUCUCGACGAUUCCUCCGCUGACCCAACCCUCGCCACCCUCCAACACCCUCCUAAUCACCCAACUCAACGACCCCACAAUCUUCCACCCGGCCUCCCUCGCCACCAUCCGUCAACACAUCAACUCCUUAGCACCACUCCACUCCUUCUCGCCCCUAAAAUCCUUCCGCCGAAUCGUCUGCUCCUUCUACGACACCGAGUCCGCAAUCAAGAUCCGCCAGCACCUGGAUGGCGCCUCGCUGCUCGGCGACGCGCGGACGAGAGUCUACUUCGGGGAACCGACGCCGAUCGGGGAGCAGAAGAAAUAUCUGGACCGGCCAGAUGCGGGGAGGUUGUUCUUCAUCAGUCCGCCGCCGAGUCCGCCGGUGGGAUGGGAGGCGAGGGAGGAGGACCCGCCGAAUAAGGAUGUGGUGGCCAGUGAUUUGGCCGAGGCGUUGGUCAAGUUGAGCGGCAAGAUGCAUGGUGCCGAUGCGGACAAUUCCCCCAUCAGUGAGGAAGAGAAGGAUGCUGGAGUCGGCACGCGCGCCGACGGUCAAAGGUCGAAACCUCCACUGCGAGUCACAGCGUCAUCCGACAACGAUCCGUCGAACUCGAAAUUCACCCCAACAAGCGCAACAAGCGCGCCAAGCAGUGCAAGGAACAGAAGCCGCAGCUCAACUAUUCUUUACGAUCCGGAAGCGCACGGAGAUAGUCCAGCUCUACCAGCCGUGAUGGUGGAGGACACGACUUUGGAUGCCAUGGCGGAUGUUGAAGAUGCUGCACCGUUGGACGAUAUACCGCCUGAGGGGAGGACGAUCACCGCACACACGUCGAGGCCGCCAGUCGAGUUGAUGGAAAAUGUAUAG